GCGAUUGGUUGUUUGGGUAUUGUAUCUACCCACCUGCAUGGAAUUUUUGAUUUACCUCUGGCUACAAAGAACACUGCAUAUAAAGCAAUGGGAACAGAAUACGCUGAUGGUCAAACAAAACCAACUUGGAAGUUGAUAGAUGGGAUCUGCAGAGAGAGCCUUGCAUUUGAAACUGCUCUGAGGGAAGGGGUUCCUGAAAGAAUAAUCCAAAGGGCCGAAGUACUCUAUCUUUCAGUUUAUAAAAAGGAUUCAUUUUUGAAUUUCACUUCUGAUUCGUAUGUCAGCAGUUCUGAUGAAGCCUAUGGUCAACUGAGUAUUAUCAGAAAAAGAGCUAUCCAUUCUAGAAUUGAAUCGUUGAACCAAAUGGAGACUUUACGGACAGAAGUACAAAAUGCAAUCACUACAAUCUGUCAGAAAAAACUGCUUGAGCUCUAUGGGAAAAAACACACAUCAGAACUCAGAGAGAUAAAUUGUGUUCUGAUUGCUGCAAGGGAACUGCCACCUCCAUCAACAAUAGGUGCUUCAAGCGUCUAUGUGAUGCUUCGACCUGAUAGAAAAAUUUAUGUAGGAGAGACUGAUGAUCUUGAGGGUCGGGUCUGUGUUCAUCGCUCAAAGGAGGGAAUGCAAAAUGCAUUAUUCCUCUAUUUCUUAGUCUCUGGGAAGAGCAUGGCUUGCCAACUGGAAACUUAUCUCAUCAACCAGCUUCCAACUCGAGGUUUUCAACUCACUAAUGUAGCUGAUGGUAAGCAUCGGAAUUUUGGCACAAGUAAUCUCUCCUUAGAAAGCGUAACAUCGCAUAGAUGAAUCAGCCAUACCUCCAUCCAGCAUGAUGUAAAUAAUGCCAAGGUAAUCGAUCGGAGAAGUGAUGCAAUUUUUUUGUAAGUUAUCUUGUAUUAUAAGAUGAUAGAAUGAGGUGCAACAGUAAAAUAUUCAGUGGCUGCAACAAUUUUGGGUAGGAGAGUUGCUCCACUUAAUGAGCCUCCCUUGUCAUCCUGUCAAACCAAAGGGUGAAAUUGUUGUUGAUUAAUGUAUCUUAUUGUAUAAUUUUGAUGGGUGUCUAUGACUAAUUUUCG